AUGGGAAAGUUGGGGGAGCACGAGGCCAUGGCCGAUGCCGCCAAGUCCCGGCUGGUGACGGACAUUUGCUCCGCCUCCAACCACGCGAUCGCAUGCUCCCACAGGACACGUCGUGGACCGCCCUGCAUCGACUGGUAUCGCCUUCUCGGAGUAGAAGAGAAUGCAGAGCUGGAUACCAUCCGGAAACAGUACCAUAGGCUAGCGUUGCAGCUUCAUCCAGAUAAGAAUCAUCAUCCGAAAGCUGAGCAUGCAUUCAAGCUCGUCUCAGAGGCAUAUUCGUGUCUAUCUGAUGAUGCAAAGAGGAACGCCUUCAACCUGGAGAGAUGGAGAAACCUGUGCUUGGACUGUCAGAGAAUCCCACACACAAGCUCAGCUUUUUCAAAGCCCACAGAUGGAUCAAAACCCCGGAGAACUUUAUCUGGAUUCAAGGACAUCAGAGAGAGGUUCAAAGAGGAAGCCAGGGUGAUAGAGAGGUGCUUGAGAGCCGCCGCAGCGCUGAAGCAGGCAACCAUCAACAUUUCAUCGAACACCACGCGUGCAAGCAAGACCCGUCUCGGCAACGCCCACAAAGAGAGCCCAAUCUUCGACCCGUCGCACUAUAAGGCUGAUGGGUAUCCUCAUUUGAGGACCAGGAUGUACAAGCAUUCAGACAACUUUCGGUGCUCUAGUCUGAGAGAGAGAAACAAGGGCGCAGAGUUUGGUUCUCCAAUCUUUAUGGGCAAGAAAACAUCAGCAGAGAAGGGGUUGAGCAGCAGAUCGGUUUGUCUCCGUUCUUGA